ACAGAAUCCAAAGCAGGCUCCAGGCUUCUAGCUGUCAGCACAGAUCCCCAAGGGGACUCGAACCCAAGAAUCCUAAGAUCAUCAUCUGAACUGAAGUGGGAUGCUUAAGGGACUGAGCCACCCAGGCUCCUCCUCCCACCCACCCCCCCUUUUUUUUUCCAUUCACAGGCGCAAGCCUUUUUUCUUAAGACGAAGGCCUAUUUCUUUGGUGAUUCACUCAGACCGCAGGUACCGGAUAAGAGCCAGAGAGGUGGCAUCACCGGCGGCAAGAUGCCCCGGCAGUCACAAGAGAAGCUCACGGGGCGAUGAAAAGGCGGUGGAAGGGGCGCGCCCGGGGCACGCUGGGAACGCGGGGCGCCGCAGCCGGGCCUGACCCGGAAGGGCUGGCGCUUGGUAACCCCGGCUUCCCUAGCAACCGAGCAGGUGCUUGUCCUAAACAGCCGAAUCCUCGGUUACUACCGCCUCCCGAGAUGCCUCUGCAGGUUAGCGAUUACACCUGGCAGCAGACGAAGACUUCGGUGUUUAUCUCUGUGCCCCUCCGAGGCGUCUCCGUCAGAGAUGCGGACGUGUUCUGCACGGAAAACUAUCUGAAGGUCAACUUUCCUCCAUUUUUAUUUGAAGUGUUUCUCUGUGCGCCCAUAGAUGAUGAGAACAGCAAAGCCAAGAUUGGGAAUGACACUAUUAUAUUCACCUUAUAUAAAAAAGAAGUGGCCAUGUGGGAAACCCUUUCACUGUCAGGUGUUGACAAAGAGAUGAUGCAAAGAAUAAGGGAAAAAUCUAUUUUACAAGCACAAGAAAGAGCAAAAGAAGCUACAGAAGCAAAGGCUGCAGCAAGGCGAGAAGAUCAAAAAUAUGCACUAAAUGUUAUGAUGCAGAUUGAAGAAGAGGAGAGGAAAAAAAUAGAAGAUAUGAAAGAAAAUGAACGAAUGAAAGCAACUAAAGAAUUGGAAGCCUGGAAGGAAUGUCAAAGAAAAGCUGAAGAACAAGAAAGAAUUCAUAGAGAAGAGAAAUUCUGUGAACAAGAAAAGCAAAUUGAAGAAGAGAGAAAAAAAUUAAAACAUAAAAGCCAUACUAGAAUUUCAGCAUCUAGAAAUCUUGCCAUUAAAGCCACGAAGGUUUUCAAAAGAAGAAAUUCAGAAAAUAUAUUUUUGGAGAAGUUAAAGGAAAAUAGUAUUCCUGCUCCUCGCUCUGUUGGCAGUAUUAAAAUCAACUUUACCCCUCGAGUAUUUCCAACUGCUCUCCGGGAAUCACAAGUAGCAGAAGAAGAGGAGUGGUUGCACAAACAAGCGGAAGCACGGAGAGCAUUGAAUACUAAUAUUCCUGAACUUUCUGAUUUAAAAGAAGAAGAAAAGAAUCCAGAAUGGCUGAAGGACAAAGGAAACAAAUUGUUUGCAACAGAAAACUAUUUGGCAGCUAUUAAUGCAUAUAACUUAGCCAUAAGACUAAAUAACAAGAUUCCACUAUUGUAUUUGAAUCGGGCUGCUUGCCACCUAAAACUAAAAAACUUACACAAGGCCAUCGAAGAUUCUUCUAAGGCACUAGAAUUACUGACACCACCUGUUGCAGACAAUGCUAAUGGAAGAAUGAAGGCACAUAUACGACGUGGAACAGCAUUCUGUCAACUAGAAUUGUAUGUAGAAGGCUUACAGGAUUAUGAAGCUGCACUUAAGAUUGACCCGUCCAAUGAAAUUGUGCAAAAUGAUGCUGAGAAGAUUCGGAAUAUAAUUCAAGGAACAGAACUAAAAUCUUAAUGACUGCUGAAGCAACUAGGUAUUGUACUAGAUAUUGUUUGAAGUUUUAAAAAAAUAACUGGAGACAUUAGGAAUAUUUGUAAAUAUGGCUGAUUGUGCAAAAUCACUUUCUCUUUAGUUCUCUAGUUCUGUAGAGGGCAAAAUCUAUAGAUUUAUAUAUUACAAAUCUAUGGAAAAUUAAAUGUGUGACUUGAAUGGUUUCUGAAUAAGUAAAUCAAAACAAGAAUGAUUUAAUUCUUCUUUAAUACACAGAUUAAUUAUAUAUACAUAUACAUAUAUAUGUACUUACAUAUACAUACAUAUGUAUAUAUGUAUAUAUAUAUUGUUGUUGUUGUUACUGAAUUCAACUUACCCUUAAAACUAACCAAAUAUUUGUUGGUGUGAUGAGUAUUAAGACAUGGAUUCAUUUUUGACAAGGUAAAAUUUGAAAAUAAAAGACCACCUUAAAAAAAAUUUUUUUUUAAUUAUAUAUACUACUUAGUUGUCUGAAUGAUUGACCUUGGUAUAAUCAAUACUGAUGUUCACUUAAUUUUCAAUGCACAGAACCUUUUUUUUCCCCUUUCAUACUUCUCCACCACCUGUGUGGGAGGUUAGACCAGUUCAAUCUAGCAAAACAACUGUUUGGGAAACCUUGUUUUCAACUUCAGGUACAGGCAGUGUUCCCCAAAGCCUUGAUCAUAUUUCAUACUAUCUGAUGAAGGUAAGUUUUCUAGUACCUUCAAGUACAAUAGGAAAAAGAAAAAAAGACAGCAAAGGGUGAAAUGUUAACACAGAAUAUUAUGUAUGAUACUGGCAUUUGAUUGCACCACCACUUGUGUUGUAUCACUGUGAUGAUGCAAGCAUUAAGCAAAAACAGUAUAGCUUCCCUUUUGCACAUAGUAGUUAUCACAAUUGUCUGUUUAUAUUUAGAGGAUUUUUAGAAAAAUCAAACAAUUUUUUAGGAGUAAGUUUUUAUAGCAUUUGGUCAUCUGAUAUCAUUCAAAUGGACCAUAAGACAGCUUCAUUCUUUUUUUUUUUUAACUCAAUAUUUUUUUUGAAUGGGAACAGAUAAGGUUAGUUCAGCAACCUUGAGACUUUUAUAAAGCAACUUUUGAUAACUUACAUAGCAGCCUUGUCCAGUUAUUAGACCUUCUAAUAAGACUUGCUUCUAAUAAGGAUUGCUUUUGCUUAUAAUCAACACUGGUUUGUCAAUUUAUUUUUAAAAAAUAAGUGUUACCAAAAUGAAGAUGGGUCUUCAUGUGUGUCAAAUACCAGUUUGAUGUUCAAAAUAUUUAACCAACCUAGUGCUGCUUCAGGCUCUUCCUAUUACCAUCCUCUCCCCCUCUCCCCCUGCCCUCUCGAAAAGACUGGGCCCAAUAGCUGCCCUAAGGGCAAAAGAUCUAUCCUUGGAGGAAUAGAAGAAGAGAUAGUCUUAACUAGUUAUGUGUGAAUAUUUUUUACCCUAUCCUCUAAGUAAAGUCUUGGUUUAAAUGCAACAGUAGAAUUUGUAUUUACGAAUACUUGACCUCUUUUGAGCAAUCUCCUAUGGUUUACAAGGGACUUUUGUCUUAGAUUGAAGUAGUGACAGAGUUGAAAUAUUGAUACAACAUUCCCAUCUCUUUUAUGAUAAAAACAUACCUCCCAAAUAAUAGUGCUAAUUAAGGCCUGUGAAUAAAAGAUAAAAAAUUCUAAUAGUAGUCCUUUGAUUUUUUUCAUAAUGUCAAUUAUUUAAUUGAAAUUAAUUUCAAGAUACCAAAUGGAUAACAAACUAAAUGUGGCUAUUACAGAAAUGUAAACUGAAGGGAUCUUUAAUCAUCUGAAGGGAUCUUUAAUCUCCCACUACUAUGUGAUUACCAUACACAUAAAUACAUAGUAUACAUGUUAAUUAAAGAUGAUUUUUUGACAAAUUUGGCUAUGAAGAAAUAUCAAAACUAUAUCAAAAUAUUGAUUACAAAGGAAAGAUCAGACUUAGCCCAUUUUUGCAGUGGAUGCUUUACAGGAAUAGAAAAUAGUUAUUGUUAGACUUAAUUAAAAAAAUAUUUUAAUAUACCACUCACUUGCCCUUUGAUAGUCACUUGAGAGUCAGGGUGGAUGGGUAACUAGUUUGAUUAAACCUGUUUUUAUGUCAUUAAAGUGCUUAAGCAUUUUAUGAGGAAAGUUCAUCUCUUUCUUCCCAGAAAGAGGUUUGUGAAUUACAUUAAGCAAAAGUGGUUUGUCCCAGACCAGGUUUGGUAUAAUUUUUUUUAAUGCAUUUAGCUCUUUACUGACAGAAGUGAAAAUAUUAUUCCUAAUAGAUAGGUGCUAUCUCAUAGUUAAGUAGAAAGUAAACACAUAUGUUUGUAUAAACAUAUCCUGCCCAGUUUUCCAGAGUCAAAGAAAACCAGAGCUGGACAGUAGUUAGAGCAGUAAAAACAGAUUUCACUUGGGAACUAUUACAGGAUAAGAAAAGAGAUCUCCGUGUAGAAUUGGGGUCUUUUCAUAACAUAGCAUGGGCAAUGGACAAGUGGUGAUUAAUAGCUAAGGAACAAGUUGGGGGUGGGGGUUGGAGUUGUCAGUGGAUAGAAAAUCACUAAGAGGAAACAUCAGGGGUAGGGAGAUUCUGGCUAUGUUAAUCUAACAGGAUUCUUGCUGAAGGCAGGCCAGGUUGAUUGGGCAUUACCUGGGGAUGAUGAGAGAUGAGGAAUUUGGUCAAAUACUGAGAGUGAUUGAAAUUAAUGGUGGGGAUUCUGGCUAACCCAACUUAGCAUUAUUCUUGCUAACAGCUGAACUUGACAAGGCCCAAGGAUGAGGCCCAGUUGGAAAGUGGCUAAAGGAACCUGUUUAGAGUUUGGUGAAGGAGAGACCACUUGUCACCAGCAAGCCAGGUACUUUCCAGUGAACUCAUCCAUGUGGCAAAUAAGGACAAAGGAUUUUUGCACAUACCAUCUGGGGAAAGGGUUAGUAGGUGAUCUCCCAAAAAGACUGAAUACAGGAGUAUUUCAUUAUCGUAUUGAUCUGAUCUGGCUCAGUCUCACUCUCAAACACCUAUCAAUAGCUGACCCAUCUCUGAGUAUCAGAUUGACAUUAACCCAGCUCAGGAGACUGCCUGGGAAAAACAGACUGCCUACUUAUUAAUUAUUAACCCAGCAAAACAGACUGCCUACUUAUUAAUUCAUAAUUAGAAAUUGAGCAUCUGCAUGGGGAUGAUAGGUUAUAUGACAAUUCACCUUUCCUUAUAAACAGAUGUAUAUAGUAAAUCACAUCAUAAAAUUGCUUGGUAAACAUGUUAAAAGAAACAGGUCCAAAAUGGAGUCACUUGUGGCUUCACAAGUGAAUUCUACCAAACAUUUAAAGAAGGGUUAAUACCUAUUCUUUUCAAACUAUUCCAAAAAAUGGAAGAGGAAGGAAAGCUUUCUAUGAGGCCAGCAUUACCCUGACACCAAAACCAGAUAGAGUCACUACAAAAAAAAGAGAGAACUAUAGGCCAAUAUCUCUGAUGAACAUAGAUACAUAUAUCCUCAACAAAUUAUUAGCAAACCAAAUCCAACAAUACAUUAAAAAAAAUCAUUCACCACAAUCAAGUGGGAUUUAUUCUUGGGAUAUAAGGGUGGCUGAAUGUUCACAAAUCAAUCAACUUGAUACAUGACAUCAAUAAGAAAAAGGAUAGGGUUGCCUGGGUGGCUCAGUCAGUUAAGCUUAAGACUCUUGAUCUGGGCUCAGGUCAUGAUCUCAUGGUUGUGAGAUCAAGCCCCAUAUCAGGCUCCAUGCUGAGUGGGGAGCCUGCAUGGAAUUCUCUCUCUCUCUCUCUCUCUCUCCCUGCC